UCCAGCAACAAUGUCCAGUUUGUUUUGGUUUUGACCGGUUUGUUGUUCCCGCGUGCGCUUCUCUAAGCCGGAGUUUGGGAAAAUGUUAUGUUCAUGGGCGAGAACACGAGGGUGUCUCAACAUGCGCAAAGCUCUAAAUAGUUUCACGCGAAUAAGCAAAGUUAGAGCUCAAGUGAGACAGGUUUCACAAUCAGUGAGCGGCGUGCACGUUUUGGGUAUCGAGACAAGUUGUGAUGAAACCGGCGUGGCCGUUGUUGACGGGAAUGGUAACGUUUUGGGUGAAGCUUUGCGGUCGCAGUUACAGACUCACAUUGACUUUGGCGGAAUCAUCCCUCCCAUUGCCAGAGAUUUACACCAGCAGAACAUUGAACCAACUGCUAUGGCAGCCCUGGAACAGUGCCCUGUCCAGUUAAAAGACAUCGACGCGAUUGCAGUCACUGUGCGACCAGGGAUGUCUCUCACCUUGAAGGUGGGCCUGACAUUUGCUAAGGAGUUGGCGAAGAAGCAUCGUAAGCCUCUCAUCCCCAUACACCACAUGGAAGCACAUGCUCUGGCAGUACGCCUGAAACACAGAGUUGAAUUUCCUUACUUGGUCCUCCUGGUCUCUGGUGGUCACUGUCAGCUGGCCGUUGUCCAAGGGGUUGGCGACUUCCUUCUCUUGGGACAGACACUAGAUGAUGCACCGGGAGAAGCUUUUGACAAGUUAUCACGCAGGUUAAAACUGCAGAACAUUCCCGAAUGCGGACACCUAAGCGGAGGACAGGCAAUAGAGUUCUUGGCGAGGAACGGCGAUCCACGGGCCUUCUCAUUUCCCGAGCCAAUGACUGCUCAUCGUUCCUGCGACUUCUCCUUCUCGGGGCUGAAGCAUUCGGUCCUGAGGCAGAUUCUAAGAUUGGAGAAAAAACACGGGAUAGAAGCAGAUGCACUGGUUCCCGAAGUGGCCGAUAUGUGUGCUUCCGUGCAACAUGCCAUAGCCAUUCACCUCCUGCGGCGCACGCAGCGUGCCAUCAACUACUGCUUGCGUGAGGGCUUGCUACCAUCGACCAGUGAUUCACCAGAUACCACGGGACCCACCCUGGUUGUGUCUGGAGGUGUGGCUUGCAACUUGCACCUGCGUUCCAUGCUCUCGCAACUUUGUGAAACAGAAGGGGUUACUCUGGUGGCACCUCCGAAGGAGCUCUGCACGGACAACGGCAUCAUGAUUGCCUGGAAUGGCGUAGAACGCUGGAAUGCAUCCCUAGGCAUCACAAAUGAUUUGGACAGUGUGGACAUUAUGCCAAGGUGUUCUCUGGGAACUAACAUCUCUGCGUCCGUGACGGCAAUGUCAAUUAAGUCUGAAAAGCUCCGGCUAAAAUUGGAUUAGAGAGUCGGUGCACAAGUUUCAAGGGAUACUGCUACACUACGAAGGCGUACCGCUCAAGUGAGAGUGGCAGCAAUGACUCUUGCCACCAGUUUUGUGUGAAGUGAAUAGCACAUGGCACCUCUCCUUGCGAGAACAACGGAAUCGGGAACAAGAAACAUUUGGUGGCUGUAAGAGUCCCAGCGAUCAUCGAGAGGACAGUUUUUCUCAACCCAACCAAAUGCUUAGAAUUAAUUUUAAAAAAUAAACAAGAUUGGAAAUGUU